AUGUCAUCUGAGGAAUUGCCUCCAGUGCCAUCACGGCCUCAAAGGCAAGCAGGUUCACCAUCACCAAUCCCUACUAUUCCUGCAAGACCAAAUUCGAAAUCACCACCGCCUCAAGUGCCAACAAGGAGACCUACCAGGGUCAAGACUUCAGAUCUAAAGGAUUUGAUGCAAAAUACUGAUGAUCAACUGGAACAAAUGCAAAAUUUAAUUCAAAAGAGGUCUGAUGAUAGUAAAGUCCAUUCCGAACAGUUAAGGAAUCAGGAAGAUAGUUGGCAAAGGGGUAAAGAAGAUCUAAUAGGAACAAAUGAGAUGGAAUUCGAAUUGCAAGAGGAGAAGGAAAGGUUGUUGAAGAAGAAGGAAAUAGAGUUAAAAGAAAGAAAUAUACAUCAAGCCAAUAGAGAGAAGGAAUUGGAAAUGUUGGAAAGGAGGAGGGAAGAGCUAAUGAGAGAAAGAGAAAAGGAAAGACAACAAGAGUUAAAAAGGCAACAACAAUUGGAAUUGGAAGAUCAGAGACAAAGGGAAUUGGAAAGAAAGCAAGAAUUAGAAUUGGAAGCUAAGAGGAAAGAAUUGGAGCAAUUGGAAAGGGAGCAACAAUUGGCAAGAGAAAAAGCAGUUAAGUUGCAAGAGACUAAACACCAAUUCGAAGAGAAAAGAACGCUAGAUACUGAAUCAAAGGAAAAAACGACCUCCGAUAAUGAGCCAGUCUUGGAAAAAGCGGAUGAAGAUUUUGGUAUAAGGAAUGAAACAAAAGAAGAACCGGAAAUUCCUCGUAUUCCAGAAAGACCCAGGAGAUCUCAAUCACCAACAGAUACGGAAUCAAAGUCAAACGUCGAAAUACCAAAAAUUCCUGGUAUUCCAGAAAGACCCAAGAGAUCGCAAUCACCAACGGAUACAGAAUCGAAAUCAGAUGUCGAAAUACCAAAAAUUCCUGAAAGAAGACCUAGACCAAUUGGAAGAAGAUCAAUUGAAACCCCUGUGGUGGCAGAGAAAAGACCUGAAUCUUUAGAGAACAAAUUGGGUGAGCCACCAGUUGUGCCAGGAAAGAGACCAGAAUCUUUGGAAGAGAAGGUGAGCGAACCUCUAGCUUCCCUAGAACAGAAACCAGAAUUCUUGGAAAGAAAGGUAAGCGAACCUCUAGCUUCCCUAGAACAGAAACCAGAAUCUUUGGAAGAGAAGGUAAACGAACCUCUAACUGCUCCAGAAAACAAGCUAGAAUCUAUAAAAAAGGAAGCUUCGACUGAAUUUCCAUCAGUGCCUGCAAAGAGGCCAGAGCACUUAAAAAAGGAAUUGCCAGAUGAAUUUACUGCACCUUUGGAAAAGAAACCAGAACCUUUUGAAAAGGAACCUAGCGAGUUUUCAUUCCUGCCAGAAGAAAAACCUAAUUCUUUAGAAAAGAAACUAUCGAAUGAAUCAUCCCUCUCACAAAAGAAUCCCGAACCCAUUGGAAAAAAACCUUCCGCUGAACUUUCAGUUGCAUCAGAAGAAAGACCUGAACCAGUUGAAAAAAAUUCGACUUCUGAAUCUUUGGUAUUACCUGAGAAAAGGCCCGAAGCACUGGAGAAAGAGUUAUCUACUGGCAUUAAUGCACAAUCUGAAAAAGAACUAGAAACCCUGAAAAAGGAACCCUCCAAUGAUUCCACAACUGUGCCAGAGAGGACAACAGAGUCUGAAGAGAAGAAGUCCUCCACUGAACCCUUGAAGAAGGAAUCCACUGCUUCUUCGCUGGAAUCAGAGAAGAGAAUAAGUGUUGAAAGCAAGCCUGAAUUCCCAUCCGUACCAGAUAGAAAACCAGAAUUUAAUGAAAGGAACUCAACAUUUGACGAACCAGGCUUUGCUGAAAAAACCCCAGAGCUUUCUUCAAAGCCCGAAGCUGAACAGCCGUAUUCUGAAGACUGGAAGACUACCUCCUCCAACGUGUCAAAACAAGCGUCUAUCGAAUCCCCUGUGAAUUCUGAAAAGCUACAAGAAAAACCAGGAAUCGAGGAUAAUAAUUCCAAGUUGUCAACGUCAGACAUUAAUGAAAAUAAGCGUGAUUCUGAUAUAAAACAUCAAGAAAAGAAGUCCGAGGAAUCUGCUAAAGAACCUGUAAAGAAAAAAGCCCCCCCUGUACCCAAGAAACCUUCCUCAAGAAUUGUAGCUUUCCAGGAAAUGUUAAGGAAGCAACAGAUGGAGGAAAUGCAAGGUUCACAUCGUAAGGGACCUGAACCAGUGAAUGAGGCACCCAAAGAUAGCAAGAAUGGAGCUGAUUCUUCCGAAUCCUCCCAACCAUCUCUUCCCCAGAGACCAGCUAGACAACCAAUUAAUGCUGAGAGAUCCAAGUUUGCUAACAAUUUGAAUGGUCUUUUCGCUUUGCCUGGUAUGUCACCGAUGGGCGGUCUACCGCAAUCGUUUGCCAAAAAAUUGGACCCGGCUGCUUCUACUCCUGGACCAGAAGAGAAGAAAGAGAAUCAAGCCACACCACCUUCCGUUUCUAAUGUACGCUCUUCGAGAGCCAGAGGUCCUCGUGGUCGUAAGUUGCCAUCCAAUGUGGCAUCUGUCGAGAAGGUCAAUAGUGAAAGUAAAACCAAUGAGAUUGAGAUUUUCAAAACGUGGAAAACUGUGGUACAUAAGAAGGAAGAACCAGCUGUUCCUGAAAGACCACCAAGUCUUUCCAAGAAACCUACUGAAUCUGGAAAUGAAAAGGCUGUGGAUGUUACAAAUCCUACUCAUUUUGAUCUGGAUAACGAUAAGGCUGUAAGACCCCUUGAGGAGACUACAAAAGCCAAGGACCAUGAUGACAAUUCACAUGGUACUGAUGACAUUUUAACAUCGCCUAAGGAGGAUACAAGAAUAAUCGAAGAAAAGCUAGAAGAAUCGAAAACCAGUGGGAACCCAUCAAGUCUUGAAGAAUCCCAAGAAUCUAAAAACCAGACUGAAAAACCCUUGGUGCCCGAACGACCUUCGAAAAAUCAAGAGAAGAAACAUCCUUUGGUACCAGAAAGGCCCUUAACUUCGGAAUCUGCGAGAAGCGAUGAACUUGCCCAAAACAGUGAACCUUUGGUGUCUGAGAGACCUGUUAAACAUGAUGAAAAAGAACACGAGCUUGCAGAAGAGCCAUCAAUCCUGGAAAGAUCUUCGAAAAAUCAAGAGGAGAAACAUCCUUUGGUACCAGAAAGGCCCUUAACUUCAGAAUCUUUGAAAAGCGAUGAGCCUGCCAAAAACAGUGAACCUUUGGUGUCUGAGAGACCUGCUAAACAUGAGAAACAAGAACAUAAGCAUGCAGAAGAGCCAUCGAUCCUGGAAAGGCCCAAGAAACAUACCGAAGAAUCUGAGAAACCUUCUAAACCUGCACUGCCAGAGGAGCAAUUAGAGUAUGAGAAGAGCCUUGAUUUUCCUAAAAAAUUUCCUGAAGCCACUGAACCAGUGCCUGAGACUACUUUCGCAUUUGGUACAGAGAAUAAUUCUAAAGAGAGCAGUAAUGUUGAUCUUUUGUCUGCCGUGAAGGACACAGGCCAAUCUCAACUCGAACACUCUGAUUCUGAACUCAAUCAGUUCACCAAAGAUUCAGAUCUGGCUGAGAAAUUGAAACAAGAGUUGAAGCAGGAGGACAAGGAAGAAUAA